AUGUCGCUGCUCGCCGUCGCCUCCUCCACCCGCGCCGCGGCAGUGCGGCCGCUGUGCGCCUCGGCGGCCUCGGGCGAGGCGGCGCCGGCGCCGGCGCCUGCUGCGACGGAGGCCGCAGGGCGGAGGCCGGUGAAGGUGAUCCUGCCGAAGAAGAAGCCGCAGAAGUGGUCGACGGGGAUGGCGCCGGGCGAGUACGGCGGCGGGCCGGCCACAGUCAAGCCGCGCAAGUACUGGUGGGGGAAGGAGGACCGCGACCCCGUGGGGAACACCGACGACUUCAUCUGGAACAAGGACUUCCUCCCCCACAUGGAGCGCGUCAUCGCCAACGGCGGCGCCGAUGCAGAACCCACCAUCACCCGCCUUGCUCCGGUGGAUGAGGAGGAGUCCGGGUUUCUGAGCAUCAACCGCGCAAUGAGCCUUGACAGUGUGGACGUUGAUCUGAGCCAGGAGCUUCUGGCGCCGACCAGGCCAAUCUUGCAAACCCAGGUUGAGGCUGCCUGGAGAGGACGGGCAAUUGGUGCUGAGGCUGUGAAUGGAGCCAGCACUCCUAGAUGGAGGCUAGUCCCAACUCGCAGGGAGCAGGCAAAGUGGGACAGAGCAGCCAAGGCAGCGACUGGUGGAAGUGAUGUUAUACUAAGGGAGUCAAAGUCAAGAGUGAAGCAAGGGGACCCUAAGGUAUUGGCAGCUCGGUCCAGAGAAGACUACUUAAAGCUGAAACAAAGAUUACAGUGGCUCACUUUAGGCAUCGGUGGCGUUGGUGUAAUCUCUGCUUAUAUUUCAUACUCUCCUGAAGUUGCUGCCAGCUUUGGUGCAGGGUUGAUUGGAUCAUUGGUGUAUCUCCGCAUGCUUGGAACCAGUGUAGAUUCCCUAGCAGGUGGAACCGGUGAAACUAUCAAGAGUGCUGCUGCACAACCAAGGUUGCUUAUUCCAGUGGUACUUGUGAUGAUGUAUAACAGAUGGAAUGGGAUAUUAGUUCCGGAUUAUGGUUUCAUGCAACUGCAGUUAAUACCAAUGCUUGUUGGGUUUUUUACCUAUAAGAUUGCUACGUUCGCUCAAGCAAUCCAGGAUUCUAUACCUGCAGUUGGAAAUCGUGAAGGUUGA